CUAACUUCUGACCUAACUCCUGCCAACAAUAUGUCACAAGGAGGAGUUUCAGAGAGAAAUAGCUGCAUUGAAAGCAAUGGAGAAAGUGGCUAAGACAACAUCUGAGGAUACUGCCUAUGGCCAAGGUUCUUAUUCAUUGAGUUAGACUUUUUUGAGCAUCUGUGGAAGAUAGUGAACAAGAAAGAAAAUAUUCUCCCGGAACUUGCACUUUAAUGGUGGGGAGAUGGAGAGGCAGGGUGCAACAAGCCUGGAGCACCUUGAAGCACUCCAUUAAGUUAAAUAAUGAUUUACUAGUACUUCUAUGCCAGGUUCUGUGUUUGGCGAUGCAGAUCCAGAAAACAUCCUAUUCUCGCUUAACCAACUGUGCCCGAUCAGCACAAGUGUAAGCAGAUCCGCCUGUGUUUGGUAAGGCGUCUUUCUGCUAAGUUUAUAGAGUUCUGUUAUCCAAAUGUUGGACCAAUCUUCCUAUGAAAGACAGGAGCAUAGCCAACAUACAUAUCUAAUAAGAAAAGGGUUUGUCUCUCGUCUGUGUAAAAAGACAAAAUUAUAGAACAUUUAACUUGAAAUCUUAGCUGGCCUUUAUUGGGGUUUUGCAACUGGGCAACCACCGUUUUGUCCACAAGCAAUGCUGGACCAACAGGUUUAUGGACGAAUGGCCGAGGACAGCAGACAGAAGGAAAAACUACUUUCCUGGUGAAGUUACAAAAUAAAAUUUGCAAGAAGUUCUGAUGGAAACACAAGGAUUACAUGGAGAGGGGUACCUUAUUAUGUAGAAAGUCAAGAGCCCUGAUCGCUGACCUGCUGCACGCUCACGAUGACCUUCCUCGCGCUGCUCAUGUUUUCCGGCUUCGUGACUGGCUGUACAGGGAACUCUUCCGAUAGUUUGCCGCCCAGGUUGCUGCUGGUGUCCUUUGAUGGCUUCAGAGCUGACUAUCUGCAGAACUACGAAUUCCCUCACCUCCAGAAUUUUAUUAAAGAAGGUGUCUUGGUAGAACAUGUUAAAAAUGUUUUUAUCACAAAAACAUUCCCAAACCACUACAGCAUCGUGACAGGCUUGUAUGAGGAAAGCCAUGGCAUCGUAGCCAAUUCUAUGUAUGACUCGGUCACAAAGAAAUAUUUUUCUGACUCCAAUGACAAGGACCCUUUCUGGUGGAAUGAGGCAGUCCCCAUCUGGGUGACAAACCAGCUUCAGGAGAAUAGGUCGAGCGCUGCUGCUAUGUGGCCUGGCACCGACGUCCGCAUUCACAACACCACCCCUUCCUAUUUUAUGAAUUACAGCCCCUCGGUAACUUUUAAGGAGAGGCUAAACAACAUCACCGCAUGGCUCAGCACUUCCAACCCACCGGUCACUUUUGCCACGCUCUACUGGGAGGAACCAGAUGCCAGUGGCCACAAAUACGGACCUGAUGAUAAAGAAAACAUGCCCCGGGUGUUGAAGGAAGUUGACGAUCACAUCGGUGUCCUCGUCCAGAAACUCAAAAUGUCAGGGUUGUGGGAAAGUCUCAACGUGAUCAUUACAAGUGACCACGGGAUGUCGCAGUGUUCUGAGAGCAGAUUGAUAAACUUGGAUCUCUGCAUUGAUCGUUCAGACUACAGCCUCAUAGAUUUGACCCCUGUGGCUGCAAUACUUCCCAAAAUAAAUAUAACAGAAGUUUAUGACAAACUAAAAAAUUGUAGCCCUCACAUGAAUGUUUAUCUCAAAGAAGAUAUUCCUAACAGAUUUAAUUACCAACAUAAUGAUCGAAUCCAGCCUAUUGUUUUGGUUGCUGAUGAAGGGUGGACAAUUGUACGAAAUAAAUCAUUAUCAAAAUUAGGUGACCAUGGCUAUGAUAAUUCUUUGCCUGCUAUGCAUCCAUUUCUAGCUGCUCAUGGUCCUGCCUUUCACAGAGGCUACAAGCAGAGCACCAUGGACAUCGUGGAUAUUUACCCAAUGAUGUGCCACAUCCUGGGGUUAAAACCACAGCCUAAUAAUGGAACCCUGGGGCACACCAAGUGCUUACUAGUUGACCAGUGGUGCAUUCAUCUCCCGGAAGCCAUCGGGAUUGUCAUUGGCGCGCUGUUGGUGUUGACCACGCUCACAUGCCUCGUAAUACUCAUGCAGAAUAGACUCUCUGCACCCCGCCCCUUUUCCCGACUUCAACUACAAGACGACGACGAUGAUCCUUUAAUUGAGUAAUAGGCUGGGAUUUCUACAAGCUGUCUUUGAUCAAUCUCAAAACUAAGGAUACAUUCAAGGAAUAGUGUUAUAACCAUGAAAAAGUAUGCUUUCAAAGACAGCUUAGACCAGGCAUGCUAACAGUAUUUUGUGUUUCCUUGUGUUUUGGUGUAUUCCUAAUACAAACAACCUUAACUGUAGUAGAGUUGCUAGUUAAUCUGUUAACACCAUCUGUUUCUCUACAUAGCUUUUCCAGAGAAAAAUACCACCUUUUUUUUUUUUUGCAGUGAAGAUGAUACAUCUUUAAAUGAAAAUAUACCAAAGUUUAGUAGGCAUGUUUUUCUAAUAAAUUUAUACAUUUGUAAAUGAAACAAUUUGUGAAUUUUGUGUAUGAGAGAAAAAAGUUUUCUAUAUUUUUGUAGUUGCCUUUAACACGUGCAUAGUGAGGCCAUAAUUCUGUCUUGCUGCUGGGUGGCUCUGAACCACUGUGGCAUGUACAUGACUGUCCCAUUGGGCCACUUGGGACACUUGUGUAUGUACUACUGGUGGUUCAAGCCAGCUGGAACAUGUUACUCAGUUUUUAUCCCAAGUAAACCCUUGAGGUGGGAAAUUCUGUGAUGGUUAAUAAAAUCGGUUAGCCAGGCCCCUAAAAAUGUGGCGUAGGAAGAAACCACUUUAAGAGAAGCUAUGAAAAGAUGAACAAAACCAUCAGCAGCAUGUGAUACAAACCUCAGUUGGCACCAUUGUAUCUUUAUGGAGAUGCUUAAGCCUUUGAGGUUUCAGAAGUUGAAUCUUCUGAAGAUUAUUGCUUAUAAAUCAGAAGAAAGUAGAGAAAAUGCGUUUCUCCGUGUUGAAUGCCUUUGUGUUGUGUGCGCUUAUGCGUGACUCUGCACAUGUGCCUAUUUGCAGGCAUGCACUGAUGUUCUGCGACACUGUGGGAAGCCCCAGGGGACUAGACUGUGGUCAGCCAUCCUCUCCCCUAGAACACAGCUCUCAGGAAAGGUUAUUUUUGCACUGUAUAUUUAUUUACUUUUACCUAACUCACGAAGUCCUAAUUUUAAAAACUCCUUAAUUUUUGUUAUUUCUAGCUUUCUCAUAUUGUUUACUGUAACUUGAAGUAUCCAAGGGCUAUACAAAAUGUAUGACCUGAAUACAAAUCUGAUUUUGAUUGUGUCAAAUGAAGAGAGAUUUCUGUAUUUACCUUUGGGGCUUUUUAUCUUACUUUGUAGACAAUAGAGUAGCAAAGAGAUCUGAAGUGAAAUUUAGUGUCUUCGGAUCUUUGUACCAUCCAUGUGUUAAGUGGUGGGAUAGACUCAUGCUGGCUGUUCACUUGGAUAUCUGGAUCACAACUUUGGUAACUGUUUUUCACAUACAUAGCUGAUCUACAGUAAGUAUACAGCCCAGGUAUACAUUGCUUACCUGUGAUGUCAGUCAUCAAACAUAGCACAUGUCCUGGUGGGUCACUGCUAACUUCCUGAGCCAGAUAUCUGUUACAUUUGGAGUUUUUAGGGUGUGUUUCUGAACCCCACAUAAAGCAUCCAUGCUACUGGUCAUAAAUUUAACUGUAUUAAAAACAGUAGAGGACUGAUUGCUUUGGAAUAAAUUUUCAAGACUUUUGUCUUUACAUGCAAUAGUUAUAAUAAAGGUAAAUAGUUGUACUAAAUAAAAUAGACAAUUUCCUUUCCACUUUGAUUUCUUUUUAAAAAAUAUCAAAGAACUGCCAUAUUUUAAAUCUUUUUUUUUUUUUUAAGUGGUCUACACUUUCAAAACAGCAGUGGACUAUUUGAUACUAGUUAGUGGGUUUUAGUGUCUGGACGGUUUCAGUGAUUGCAUCAGCUUGGUCGAUGGUUGUGAGACUUAGAAAUCCAUUUACAAGGCGUCUAGCUGUGAGUGGAUUUGGUGUAGAAUGGAAUGAGCCAGUUGUCAGGCAGGGCCUUAACUCUUCUAUAUAGGACUUUUAAUUCUAUUUGCUAUUUCAUUCUCAAAAGGUGAAAUUAUGUAAAUUUUAAGGUAUAUUUCAGUGAGAUCAAAAUAGUAUUUGUUUAAUCAGAGACAUAUGUAUAUCAUAUUAAACAUGGUACUAAUUCACUUGUCUCUAAGAAAAUUAUCACAAAGCCAAUGACUCCUGUAGUGACUGAGAAAUCUUUUAGUAAAACUAGUAGCUUCUGGCUCGGUGUGUCUCUUAUUAAGUGAUUAUUACUCCCGUGCUGCUGUAUUUUUUGGGCAGUGGGAAACAUUUGACUCCAGUUAAGGGUUCACUCUUUUGGACCACAGUGCUCAGAGGUAAUUGGAAAGUUGGUUAUUUUUUGUUAAUUCACUGGGUGAAUUCAGGAUAAAUGUUUAAUUGUGCUGCUGUUAUUAAUGUAUAAGUUUUUUUCUGGCAAACAGCAAUAGAAUAAAAAUACUUCAAUGCCUUGUGCUCUAGGCUUUGUAGUAUUAGCUGAUUAGGCUUCCUUUAAGAAUUCACAAAUGAGUUAUUGGAACAUUAAAGAAUUAAAAUCCCUUUGCACUGUUGUUCGGUGUUUUCUUCCCUCACCUGUGUCUUGUAUACUUCCAGGAAGAUUAUGUUUAAUUCCUUUUAUUUGUAGGGCUUUGCUACACUGUUAAUAUAUAAGAUUACAAAUGAAGGACAACCAUUAGAUGUCAAGUUUAUAUUUAUUGUCAAUUCUUAGAGUGUAAAUAAAAAUAAGUGCUUUAAA